GCCUCAAAGGCAGAGUCAGGCAUGACCCGGCCAGAAGCUUCGGCCUCGGAGACCUGGGGAGAGCUACGUGCGUCCGUGGAGUGUGCCUGCGCCGCUGUGGCAGCCACAGGUUUUUGAAACAUGAAUCUUUCACUCUUCCUGACUGCCCUUUGCUUGGGAAUAGCCUCAGCUGCUCCAAAACUUGAUCAAAAUUUAGAUGCACACUGGUACCAGUGGAAGGCAACGCACGGGAGACUGUAUGCCAUGAAUGAAGAAGGAUGGAGGAGAGCAGUGUGGGAGAAGAAUAUGAAAAUGAUUGACCUACACAAUCAGGAAUACAGCCAAGGGAAACAUGGCUUCACCAUGGCAAUGAAUGCCUUUGGUGACAUGACCAGUGAAGAAUUUAAGCAGGUGAUGAAUGGCUUUCAAAACCAGAAGCACAAGAAGGGGAAAGUGUUCCAUGAACCUCUCUUUCUUGAAGUCCCCAAAUCUGUGGAUUGGACUAAGAAAGGCUAUGUAACUCCUGUGAAGAAUCAGGGUCAGUGUGGUUCUUGUUGGGCUUUUAGUGCCACUGGCGCCCUUGAAGGACAGAUGUUCCGGAAAACUGGCAAACUUGUCUCACUGAGUGAGCAGAACCUGGUGGACUGCUCACGGCCUCAAGGCAAUGAGGGUUGCAGUGGUGGCUUAAUGGAUAAUGCCUUCCAGUAUGUUAAGGACAAUGGAGGCCUGGACUCAGAAGAAUCCUAUCCAUAUCUUGGAAGGGAAACAAAUAGCUGUAACUAUAAACCCGAGUGUUCUGCUGUCAAUGACACUGGCUUUGUGGACAUCCCUCAGCGGGAGAAGGCCCUUAUGAAGGCAGUGGCAACUGUGGGGCCCAUCUCUGUUGCUAUUGAUGCAGGCCAUACAUCCUUCCAGUUCUAUAAAUCAGGUAUUUAUUAUGAUUCAGACUGCAGCAGCAAAGACCUGGAUCAUGGUGUUUUGGUGGUUGGCUAUGGCUUUGAAGGAAAAGAUUCAAAUAACAAUAAAUUUUGGAUUGUCAAGAACAGUUGGGGUCCAGAAUGGGGCUGGAAUGGGUACGUAAAAAUGGCCAAAGACGAGAACAACCAUUGUGGAAUUGCCACAGCAGCCAGCUAUCCCAUUGUGUGAGCUGAUGGAUGGUGAUAAUAGAGGACUUGAGGACAGCAUACCUGGAGGAAUUUUAUCUUAAAACUGACCAAACCCUUAUUGUAUAAGAUAAGAUACUUGAACCAUUGAGGAUCCAAGUUGUGAUUUGAAUUCUGUGACAUUUUUAUAAGGGUUAGAUGUUACCACUACUUUAAUUACUGUUAUAAAUAGCUUUAUAAUGUUGAAGACUAAUUGCUUAACUCUAAGACUUUUGAAUUUUCAUUUUUUGAAAGGAUACAUAAAACUUUACCUUUUACAAUAAAUUUUAAUUCAAUACGUAAA